ACGGUGUGCUUUGCUCCAUCUACAGGCAAAUGGGCCGACUAUAGUCAUCGUAAUAUUGACAAUUUGACAAGUGUACUGUGACGGACGCUUGGGUACUUUAUGUGACGUACUGUUCUCGCACACAUGUCGUUGAGUUGAACUCCUCAUUUCAAAUAAUAACAAACAAAGCGAGUCCGUUUCUUCGCAGAUCGGAGCAUUCAUGCUGCUCAAAACUUACGGCGGAGAAUCGCUGUUUUUCGAGGACGAUGCAAAAUGACGUAUUUGGCUGCUACGACGAAGUGGAGCCUCGAAGUAUGCCGAAGCCGGCAUCGAAAUUCGACUCGAGACCAUUUCCAAUGGUGCCGGAGGUGUCCUUGAUCAUGGAUAAGCCACCUAAAUCAAAAAGAAUGGAGGAGCCUUUGUCUCACACUGUACCUGAAAUGAGAUCAACUGUUCCCCGUGAUUCCAGUAACAAAGCAAGCGAGACCUAUGCUGCAUGGAAAGAGAAGCAAUUUCCUCCACAUCCAAACAGGACACCUCCGAAUCGCUUGCAACAAGUUUAUUCCCCAGUUCCGCAUGCUGGUAGCUUGCAAGAUCUUCAUGGUUCAAGACAGUCUUUGAAAUCUUAUAACUCUGUAGAUGGGGAAGAUUACCACUACAGGAAUCAAGGUAAUGAAUCUCCUAGAAGAUUAAGUGGUUCGAGAAAUGUUGGACAAUUAGAAAAUCCCAAUAAAUAUACUCUAAGCUAUGCCAGAAAUGUUAGUACUAAUGAUCAUGUUAAUGCAUAUAAUCAUGCAUCGAGAUCUCACAGUAGAGAUGAAACUGGUAGUCCUAGUUUAAGGCGGCGAUCUGAUCAUUCUCGUGACAGAGAAAUUUAUGACUCAAGACAAAAUUCAAGUCCUCUGAGCAGGAGAAGAGCCGAUCGUUCUCACGAGGCAGACUCUUAUAAUAUGAGACAAAGAUCAAGUUCUAGUGACAGGAGACGGCCUGAUCAGUUUCAUGAAUCAGAAAAUUAUGACAUGGGGCAAAGGCCUGGCUCGAAUGACAGAAGGAGAUCUGAUUUUUCACGUGCAAUAGAGGCAUAUGACAUUAGACAAAAACCAAAUUCUCAUGAUAGAAGACAGUCUGAGCAUCCCAAUGCAGUGGAAGCUUAUGACAGACAGAAGCCUAGACUUUAUAGAUCAUCCUCGUACUCCAGUGCAGAUGCUUAUUCACACAGAUCUAUGCCUACAGAAAGUUCUUGCCCAUCAAAACAUUCCAGAUCAUUACAAGCAGUUAAAUAUAGUCCAGAGCGUACUCAUCACUAUCAAGGUUGUUGUACAUCUAAUCACAAUACAUCUAAUUCAGAAACAGAGACAGUGAAGAAUCUGUUGCAUGUCAUUACUAGUCAAAAUGAGCAGAUUAAAAACCUGCAAAAACAGGUGGAACGUUUGUUGAAACUUCACGAGCAGAGCUUAAGGGAUAAGAACCAGUGUACAUGUCAGCCCAAUGGAAUUGUUUAUCAAAAUGCACAAAUGUAUGAUCACUGCCGAACUACUAAUCUGCCUAUUGGAUCCAAUAAUUUAAUGAAAGACAAUGAAAGAUGUUUUUCAGAAUUGAAGUUACAGGAUGAAAAGAACAAGCAAACUAUUGUGGAACAAAAAGUAUCUAUUGGAGUUAUGACAAGUUUUGAAUUAAAAGUUCAGAAUAAUCCAUCACUUUUAACAGACAAUGAAAUGCGACAAAAAAAUAAUGCAGACAAAAUUUUGCCAGGCUUAGAAACUAAGAAUAUGAUCAAAAAUCUCGUAAAUGAUACUGGAGAAAUGAUAAGAAAAAAGCCAAACUUCUUUCAACCCACUCCAUUGGAAAACAUAAGUGAAGGCUCAGAAAGUCACAUGUCCUCCCUUCGUCAAAGCCAUUUAUGCCCUGACUCUACACGACAAUCCAUUGAAGCUCAUGAUUCUCUUGAGGUACAAAACAGCAAUUUGUGUAGACAAAAUUUCCAAGAAAAUGAAAAUAUGCAGCAAUUCAAAGAACCAACACAAUCUAAUAAUCAUUCAGAAGAUAAGAGAGCCAAACGCCCAACCAAUUUAGAGUAUGGAAUAAGGGAACCACCAUAUGGAAGAGAUGCUGUGCAGGAACAAUUAGUAUAUCAGUAUAAUCUUCCAUAUGAAAAUCCACGUUCUUCCGAUGAUGAAGAUCCAAAAGAAAGAAAGGCUGACGAGUUUAAUGCAGAGCCACAGAGGACACCUAUUACUAAGAUGAAAAGUACAAAGAGUGAUAACUUUGCUGAUGACUGUUUAAGUUUAAGCAGUAGUGAAUUAGAUGUUGAAGAUCCCAGUCCUCCAAGUCCAGAACCAAGUAUUCAUUUGGAUAUGCAAGAGUAUUCUGAAAAUGGUAGUUUACCACCUCAGAGGGCACAGAAGGUGGGGUGGACACUUUACAAUAACGUAUUAGAUCAAGUAAAUCAAAUCUUACAAAACUCACCUAUGAAUGAUGAUGGUCAAGAUGAAGAAUCACCAAAUGGUUUGAGAAGUAAUGGAAGAAAAGAAUAUGACAGUAAUGUGAUUAUGGAUACCGUUAAAGCAGCUACUCUGGAACAAUUGACAAAGCUGGGAAUUAGUUUUUCUGAAAAUAUGGAUCAGAGAGAACCCAAUUACAAUAAGAGAGUAAUGUUCGACGCGUCGUAUUAUGCAAGGCAAGGCCCUGAAGCUCAUAUGGCCACUACAAGUGGUGGCAUAGAGACUAAUACGAGCAUACACAUGAAAGCUUUAGCAAAAAAGUAUUUGAACGAGGAACAGUUGGCAGAUAUGGCUACGCAAAAGUCGCGAGUUGGCGGAUUAAAAACAGGACCCAAUAACGUCCAAAACUCAAAUAUGUCUUUUGCUACAAUGCAUUAUCUUCAGCGAUACCAAUUGCUUCCUGGCAACAAUCCCGUUCCUGCAAGAGAUGCUGUAAGAGAGAAUUACAAAGGUCCUCCAGCACCGGUGAUACAUGAAAGACUUGCGGUGAAAGCUGCCGAAAGAAGAGAGCCGAGCCCUCACAGGUAUCCAACUUUCGCGGGGAACUCAAAGGUCAGUUGUCCGAGCAAAAUUUUAGAUAUAUCAACUUUAAAGCAGCAGCCGAAACUUUUGUAAGAUAAAACGAUGCCAUGAGAUUUAUAUAAAUAUAUUGUACCUUGCUAUUUUAAGGAUUUGUUGAUAGUAUUUUAACAAUGCAGCGAUUUUAUACUUUUAUAUAUUUGUAAGGAUUAUAAGCAAAUAUUAAAAAUAUGAAUUAUUUAUUACGAUCUAUAAUCGUGGAAGUUUUUAA